GCUGGGGUGUUGGUGGGGAUGAUGUUUCCAUCGGGACAUUGCUGAAGCACAAGCUGGGGUCAGUUAGACCUUGCUCGUGGUCCUGGGGUUCUCCUGGCCUGCCCUGUGGGGGACGCAACGUGCAGACGUGGUGCCCAGAGUGGUUGCUCCCAGCUCUCUUCCUUCUGCCCCCGUAAGAGCCUGAGCUUCGUUGAUUCCCCGGGCUGCCCUGCAAGCUCAUCAUGCUGACAGAAGACAUGAAGGUCUGGCAUGGUUUAGUGAUUGCAGUGGUGUCCUUCAUCCUACAGGCCUGCCUCUUCACUGCCAUCAACUAUCUGCUCUGCAGGAACAUGGCCAAGAAGAGUGAGCGGAUACUGAAAGGGGCCAGGCUCCAGGCCCCCGGGCCCGGCCCUGCCCACCGUCAGCCACUCGCUGCCCAGGAGAAGGAGACUCGGAGCACCCCUGUGUCUGAGCCCCAUUAUAGACAUGGCAGCGACACAUCCUCAGAUAGCUCCAACAGCUCCGACAACUCCGACAGCUCGCCUCAAAACUGCCAGGCCACCAAGGAUGUGAAUUACACACAAGUGGUCUUUUCAACCCCUGGAGGACUAAAAAAUGAAUCUGCUCUGGACUAUGAGAACCUAAAGGAAACCACAGAUUAUGUCAAUGUCUAUCCGAAAAGCCACAAGCCCAAUUUCUGGACUUUUGCGAACCCUGCUGACUCUGAGCCAGUGGAAUACACUCAAGUGGCCAUGUGAAUUCUAGGUUUUAAAAGGGGUGAAGUUCUCUACAAAUUCUUGCACUUACUUUGUAGGGGAAUUACUUUUUUCUUCUUUAAACAAGUCAUAGGAGACUAAGUAGGCCUGUAUCUCACUCAGCAAGAAAGAUUGAGAUCAGAUGUCAGGAAGAACUUCCAAGAUAAGUAUGGAUGAGUGGAGGUAUCAGUAGAGAAAGCAGUAAAGUCUUUCUCCACAGAAAAUUGUGGGGGAAAAAGUCUUUAAUCAGCUGUAGUAGAGUUCUGUUUGGCAAUCUUACCAUUUAAUAACUCUUUGAGCUCUUUAAUGUUUGGCAACAACUUCCUUAAAAGUUUUAAAUAAAACAGCAACUGCCACUUGCCACUUCUUCGUCUCUCUUGCCCAACCCUGCAUGUGACCCCUCCUUGGGUCUGUGUCUUGCUGAGCAAUCCUGCUCUGUCCUCAGCACUUUGAACAGGCCACUUAGAAAGCUCCCUAUCCUUCAACCUUUGAAUUCCCUAUUUCUGAAGAAUGAAAGCUGACAGAGUCCUGGUAAAUACCAGCUAGCAUCACAACCUGUGAUUCCAGGGAAAAAUCUCCCCAAACUCAACCCAAUAAAAUGUAAUAUUCUUUCCUGGUUUGUUGUUUGUUUGCUUUAAGUCAAUUAGGAAUAAAAGG